UAAGAUCAGGCGUACUCUGCAUUGAAAAGUCAAGACACACACAGACUCUCACAUACAUACACACACCUACAAAUCCUGCUGGAAGCAGGGAGAAGGCUGGCUCAUUUAACAGAAGAAUUUUCCAUUGACAUUUGUAAAUUACACUAGAUUCAAGGCUCACCGCUGACUUACUGAGUGUGCAGUAAGGCAAUCAAAGGCUUUCACACUGCAACAAUGUCUGAGUUUAUUCUUGCCUUGGUGACAAUAUCAGGGUUAUUUCCCAUUGCUAAGGUGCUGGCUGCUGGAUCUGAAGGAGAGCAACAGUUGUGUGAUCCUGGGGAGUUUCUCUGCCAUGAUAAUAUCACAUGUGUGUCAGAGAGCUGGCUAUGUGAUGGAGAGCAGGAUUGCCCAGAUAAUUCAGAUGAAUCACUAGAUAGUUGUCAACAAAACAUAAUCUUCAAUUGUCCCACAAAUCACGUGACUUGCAUUGGAACCAAAACAUGCAUCCAUUUUUCCAGACUUUGCAACGGAGUUUACGACUGCCCAGAUGGAUAUGAUGAGGGAGUUCAUUGUCGAGAAUUGUCAUCAGUAUGUCAAAAAAAGGAUUGCCAGUAUAAAUGUGGAAUAACACGGAACGGCACACAAUGCUACUGUCAAGAUGGCUACGAUAUUGCAUCGGAUGGAAGUAGCUGCAGAGAUAUAGACGAGUGCACAAUAUAUGGAUCCUGCAGUCAAAUAUGUAAAAAUUAUCCUGGGUCAUAUGCAUGCAGUUGCAUAGAGGGCUAUUUAAUUCAGUCUGACAAUAAAUCCUGCAAGGCAAAAAAUGAGCCUGCUGACAGACCUCCGGUUCUUUUGAUUGCAAACUCAGAAACAAUUGAAGUGUCGGAUAUUAAUGGGGGCAAAUCACCCAACAGGAGCUCUCUGAAUGCAAUUGGAAUUUCUACAUUGGAUUUUAUUUACGAAGAUAAUUCAGUCUGCUGGAUUGAAUCCAAAAAGCCUUCAUAUCAGCUGAAAUGCUCCAAAAUUACAAAAAUGUGGACAUUUACAGAUGAGCGCAUAAUGCAUCUCUCUCAGUACCUUCACAAUGUUCAGCAAAUGGCAGUGGAUUGGCUAACAGGAAAUUUUUACUUUGUGGAUCAUGGCAAUGACAGAAUAUUUACAUGCAAUAAAAAUGGGACAGUAUGCGUUACAUUGGUAGAUCUUGAUCUUCAUAACCCAAAGGCUAUUGCAGUUGAUCCCAUUGCUGGGAAGCUUUUCUUUACGGACUAUGGAAAUGUUGCUAAAAUCGAAAGAUGUGACAUGGAUGGCAUGAAUCGAACAAGAAUAGUUCUUACUAAAAUUGAGCAGCCCACCGCCCUGACCUUGGAUCUGGUUAAUAAACUGGUUUAUUGGGCCGAUGUGUACUUGGACUACAUUGAAGUAGCUGAUUACGAAGGGAGAAACAGACAUACAAUAAUACAUGGAAAAGAGGUCAGUCAAGUGUACGGAUUAUCUCUGUUUGAAAACUACUUAUAUGCCACGAGCCUUGAUAGUACCAGUAUCAAAAGAAUAAACAGAUUUAAUAAUACUGAUAUCCAAUUAUUACUAACAAUAGAAAAUGCCCGUGGUCUUCAUGUUUUUCAUAAAAGAACACAACCAUCAGUUAGGAGCCACGCAUGUGAAAUUAACCCAGAUGGGAUGCCGGGAGGCUGUUUGCACAUCUGUCUUCUUGGUUCGAGCUACAAAACAAGGACCUGUCGCUGCAAGACUGGCUUCAGCUUGGGAAGUGAUGGAAGGUCAUGUAAAAAGCCAAAGAAUGAGUUGUUCCUGUUUUAUGGGAAGGGACGACCAGGAAUCAUUAGAGGGAUGGACUUGAGUACCAAAAUAUCUGACGAAUACAUGCUUCCUAUAGAAAACUUAGUAAACCCAAGAGCUCUAGAUUUUCACGCUGAGUCCAACUACAUUUAUUUUGCAGAUACCACAAGCUUUCUUAUUGGUCGCCAAAAAAUCGAUGGCACAGGGAGAGAAACUAUCCUAAAAGAUGAUCUUGAUAAUGUGGAAGGCAUAGCAGUGGACUGGAUUGGAAACAAUUUGUAUUGGACUAAUGAUGGACAUAGAAAAACCAUUAAUGUGGCACGUCUAGAGAAAGCAUCACAAAGUCGAAAAACCUUAUUAGAGGGGGAAAUGUCACAUCCUCGAGGAAUCGUUGUGGAUCCUGCUAAUGGCUGGAUGUACUGGACAGAUUGGGAGGAAGAUGUAAUAGAUGACAGCGUGGGAAGAAUUGAGAAGGCAUGGAUGAAUGGUUUUAACAGACAGAUUUUUGUGACAUCAAAGAUGUUAUGGCCAAAUGGGUUAUCACUAGACCAUGAAAAUGGUCUAUUGUACUGGUGUGAUGCGUACUAUGAUCAUAUCGAACAGAUAUUUUUAAAUGGAACACACAGAAAGGUAGUGGGUAGUGGGAACGAAUUAAAUCACCCUUUCGGACUUUCCCACCAUGGACAGUACAUAUUUUGGACUGACUAUAUGAAUGGAUUAAUAUAUCAACUGGAUCUGAUAACUACAAAUGUCACUCUUCUAAGACAAGAAAGACCACCGUUAUUUGGACUUCAAAUUUAUGAUCCCAGGAAACAACAAGGAGACAAUGCUUGCCGUUUAAACAAUGGAGGCUGCAGUACACUUUGCUUAGCAAUUCCUGGCGGCAGAGUUUGUAGUUGUGCUGAUAACCAGCAUUUGGAUGAAAACAAUGCAACUUGUGUGUUUAACGCUGAGCAAAAGAUACCGCAGGUAUGCAAUCUGGAAGAAUUUCAAUGUAAAAACCACCACUGUAUCCAAGAAAACUGGAAGUGUGAUGGGGAAGAUGAUUGCUUGGAUGGCAGUGAUGAAGAUUUUGAAAAUUGCAUGAAUCACAGCUGUCCAGGUGAUCAAUUUAAGUGCCAAAAUAACCGCUGUAUUCCCAAGAGGUGGCUUUGUGAUGGAGCAAACGACUGUGCAAAUAAUGAAGAUGAAUCAAAUGAGACUUGUUCAGCGAGAACUUGCCAGCCCCACCAAUUCUCCUGCAGUAAUGGACGCUGCAUUUCAAAGUCCUGGCUAUGUGACCAAGAAGAUGAUUGUGGAGACAGAUCAGAUGAAAUGGCAUCUUGUGAACUUCAGACUUGUGAACAUCUGACUCAGUUUACAUGUGGAAAUGGGAGAUGCAUUAGCAGCAAGUGGCACUGUGAUACAGAUGAUGACUGUGGUGAUGGCAGUGAUGAGAUAGGCUGUUCAGUCGCCUGCACUGAUAAACAAUUUAGAUGCUCAACUGGAAGAUGUAUUCCGGGACACUGGGCUUGUGAUGGUGAUAAUGACUGUGAAGAUUUCAGUGAUGAAAACAAUGUAAAUUGUACCAGAACAGCAUCUCCUGCAUCUGUAGUUUGUGAAGGAAAUCAAUUCCAGUGCCACCCGGAUGGAAAUUGCAUCCCUGAAUUAUGGCUGUGUGAUGGGGAAAAAGACUGUGAAGAUGGCAGUGAUGAGAGAGGCUGCAAGGGAACUCUACGUCAGUGUGAUGCUAAGACAAAAUUUACAUGUAAAAACACAGGGAGAUGCAUUAGCAAUGCAUGGGUAUGUGAUGGAGAUAUUGAUUGUGAGGACCAUUCAGAUGAGGAUUAUUGCGAAGGUUAUAUGUGUGGACCGCCAAAAUACCCUUGUGCUAAUGAUACCUCCAUCUGCCUGCAGCCUGAGAAGCUUUGCAAUGGGAGAAGAGAUUGCCCAGAUGGAUCUGAUGAAGGCGCAAUAUGUGAUGAAUGUUCUCUGAACAAUGGAGGCUGCAGCCAUCAAUGUACUAUAGCUCCAGGAAGAGGCAUUGUCUGUUCUUGCCCACAAGGAAUGCAUUUAAGUAUUGACAACAAAACUUGUGACAUUGUGGAUUACUGCACCAAGCAUCUAAAGUGUAGCCAAGUUUGUGAACAACACAAGCAUGUUGUGAAAUGUUCCUGUUACGAUGGAUGGAUUUUAAAUGCAGACGGUGAAACCUGCAGUAAUGUUGAUACAUUUGAAGCUUUCAUUAUUUUUUCUAUCCGUCAUGAGAUUAGACGAAUUGACCUGCAUAAAAGAGAUUAUAGCUUAUUAGUUCCUGGUUUGAGGAACACUAUAGCUUUGGACUUCCAUUUUAAUCAAAGUUUGCUAUACUGGACCGAUGUUGUAGAGGAUAAAAUAUAUAGAGGAAAGUUAUCAGAAACCUCAGGGGUAAGUGGAAUUGAGGUUGUGAUUCAGCAUGGACUAGCAACACCAGAGGGAUUAGCAAUAGAUUGGAUUGCUGGGAACAUUUACUGGAUCGACAGCAAUUUGGACCAAAUUGAAGUUGCUAAAUUAGAUGGCAAAAUGAGAAGCACACUGAUAGCGGGUGGAAUGGAGCAUCCCAGGGCAAUUGCUUUGGAUCCAAGAUACGGAAUCUUGUUUUGGACGGACUGGGAUGCAACAUUCCCACGCAUUGAAUCAGCUUCAAUGAGUGGAGCAGGAAGAAAAAUAAUUUACAAAGAUAUGGAAAGUGGAGCUUGGCCUAAUGGCCUUACUGUUGAUCAUUUCGAAAGAAGAAUUGUUUGGACGGAUGCAAGGUCUGAUGCAAUUUAUUCUGCAUUGUAUGAUGGGACUUCAAUGAAAGAAAUAAUACGAGGUCAUGAGUAUUUAUCCCACCCAUUCGCUGUUUCAUUAUAUGGGAGUGAGGUGUAUUGGACAGAUUGGAGAACAAAUACUUUAUCCAAAGCCAAUAAAUGGACUGGACACAAUGUCAGUGUUAUACAAAAAACAAGUGCGCAGCCUUUUGACAUACAGAUAUACCAUCCUAGCCGUCAACCACAAGCUCCCAAUCCAUGUGCUGCAGAUAAUGGUAAAGGUCCAUGUUCCCAUCUGUGCUUGAUCAAUUUUAAUGGAACUGCAGCUUGUGCAUGUCCCCACCUAAUGAAAUUAUCUUCUGACAAAAAGACCUGCCAUGAGAUGAAGAAAUUUCUAGUCUAUGCCAGACGAUCGGAGAUAAGAGGCGUGGACAUAGAAAAUCCAUACUUCAAUUUUAUUACAGCAUUUACAGUACCUGAUAUUGAUGAUGUAACUGUGGUGGAUUUUGAUGCAGCUGAAGAACGAUUAUAUUGGACUGAUAUAAAGACUCAGACAAUUAAGCGGGCGUUCAUAAAUGGAACUGACUUACAGACAGUCAUUUCGGGAGACAUUCACAGUAUUCGUGGACUUGCAGUUGACUGGAUAUCUCGAAAUUUAUACUGGAUUAGUUCAGAAUAUGAUGAAACGCAAAUUAAUGUGGCCAGGUUGGACGGCUCUCUGAAAACCUCUGUUAUUCAUGGAAUUGACAAAGUUCAAAGCUUGGCAGUUCACCCAAUCAGAGGGAAAAUUUACUGGACAGAUGGGAAUACUAUAAAUGUGGCAAAUAUGGAUGGAAGUAAUAGCAAAAUACUCUUUCAGAAUCAAAAGGAACCAGUUGGUUUAUCAAUCGACUAUGGAGAGAAUAAGAUUUAUUGGAUCAGUUCGGGAAACGGAACCAUCAAUAGAUGCAACCUGGAUGGCAGUAAUUUAGAAGUAAUAGAGUCAAUGAAAGAAGAAUUAACAAAAGCCACAGCAUUAACUGUUGUGGAUAACAAACUCUGGUGGGCAGAUCAAAAUCUUGGCCAAGUUGGUACGUGCAACAAAAGAGAUGGGAAGAAUGUUUCUGUUGUAAGAAAUAAAACAUCAGGAAUUGUCCACAUGAAGCUCUACGAUAAGGAAACUCAGCAAGGUAGCAAUCCAUGUCAGAUGAACAAUGGUGGAUGUUCUCAGCUAUGUUUGCCAACCUCAGAAUCUACCCGGACCUGUAUGUGUACAGUUGGAUACAACCUUAAGAAAAAUCGCAUGUCGUGUCAAGGUAUAGAAUCAUUUCUGAUGUACUCAGUUCAUGAAGGUAUUAGAGGAAUUCCACUUGACCCAAGUGACAGGAUGGAUGCCCUUAUGCCGAUAUCUGGAACAUCAUUUGCAGUAGGGAUCGAUUUUCAUGCAGGCAAUGACACUAUUUACUGGACUGAUAUGGGCUUCAACAAGAUUAGCCGCUCUAGACGAGACCAGACCUGGAAAGAAGAUAUUAUCACAAAUGGCCUGGGGAGAGUAGAAGGGAUUGCAAUUGACUGGAUUGCUGGUAACAUAUAUUGGGCAGAUCAUGGUUUCAACGUCAUAGAAGUAGCAAGACUUAAUGGCUCAUUCAGAUAUGUUGUGAUAUCUCGAGUUAUCGACCAACCAAGAGCUAUCGCUGUUCAUCCUGAAAAAGGGUAUCUCUUCUGGACAGAAUGGGGUCAAACUCCAUGCGUAAGCAGAGCACGUUUAGACGGGUCAGAAAAAACAAUGCUAGUGAACACAGGCAUUGCAUGGCCAAAUGGAAUCUCGGUGGAUUAUGAGGAAAAUAAAUUAUAUUGGUGUGAUGCCCGCACAGACAAGAUAGAAAGGAUCGACCUUGAAAGUGGACGGAAUCGGGAGAUUGUGCUGUCAGGGAGCAAUGUGGAUAUGUUUUCAGUUGUAGUCUUCGGGGCUUACAUCUACUGGUCUGACAGAGCACACUCCAAUGGCUCUAUUAGAAGGGGAAACAAGAAUGAUGCUACAGAUGCAGUCACCAUGAGGACUGGCCUUGGAAUAAAUUUAAAGGAUGUAAAAGUCUUUAACCGAGCUAGAGAGAAAGGUACCAACAUUUGUGCCAAAAACAACGGAGGAUGUCAACAAAUAUGUUUGUACCGCGGGAAUAUGCAAAGGACGUGUGCUUGCGCCCACGGAUAUCUUUCGAAGAAUGGAGUUACUUGUUUAAAACAUGAAGGCUACCUGCUUUAUUCAGGAAGAACAAUAUUAAAAAGCAUACAUCUUUCAGAUGAGACGAACCUGAAUUCACCAAUACAACCGUAUGAAAACCCGGAAUAUAUUAAAAAUGUCAUAUCCUUGGCUUUUGAUUACAAUUCAAAUGGAAAAGGUAAAAAUCGAAUAUUCUACAGCGAUGCUCAUUUUGGAAACAUUCAAUCGGUUGAGGACGACUGGACAGGAAGAAAAGUAGUUAUUGAAAAUGUAGGCUCCGUGGAAGGUCUGGCUUACCAUAAAGCAUAUGAUACUUUAUACUGGACAAGUUCUACCACCUCAUCUAUCACACGGCAUACAGUAGACCAGAGCCGUCGAGGUGCCUUCAACAGAGAAGCUGUGAUUACGAUGUCUGAAGAUGACCACCCUCAUGUUCUGGCACUCGAUGGAUGCCAAAAUUUAAUGUUUUGGACGAAUUGGAAUGAACAGCACCCAAGCAUUAUGAGGUCCACGCUAUCAGGGAAGAACGCUCAAGUCAUCAUAAGCACAGACAUCGUCACACCAAAUGGCCUUACCAUAGACCAUUCUGCAGAGAAACUCUACUAUUCCGAUGGCAGCUUGGGCAAAAUAGAGAGAUGCGAAUAUGAUGGAUCACAUAGAUACGUGAUUGUUAGAUCUGGACCAGGAACCUUCUUGAGCCUUGCUGUUUAUGAUGACUAUAUAUUCUGGUCAGACUGGGUGAGAAGAGCGAUUCUUCGCUCCAAUAAAUACACUGGAGGGGAAACUAAGGUUCUUCGAUCAGACAUACCCCAUCAGCCCAUGGGAAUCAUAGCAGUGGCAAAUGAAAGCAACAGCUGUGAUUUGUCACCUUGUUCUUACAUGAAUGGAGGGUGUCAAGAUCUUUGCCUUCUUACUCCAGAUGGUCGAGUGAACUGCUCAUGCAGAGGAGAUCGAAUUUUAUUAGAUGACAACAGAUGUGUGAGAAGGAACACAUCCUGCAACACUUUUUCUGAGUUUGAAUGUUCAAACGGUGAAUGCAUCGAUUACCAACUAACAUGUGACGGAAUUGUUCACUGCAAAGACAGAUCAGAUGAAAAACUAUCAUAUUGUGAAAAUCGAAAUUGUCAUCAAGGCUUCAAGCUUUGUGGCAAUCUACGCUGUGUUUCAAACAAUAAAGUAUGCAAUGAUGAAGAUGAUUGUGGUGACAACACAGAUGAACUGGACUGCAAAAUUCCAACCUGUGCGUCCACUGAAUUCCGCUGCACAGAUGGGACUUGCAUUACAAAAGCCGCACAGUGCAACCAGAUGAUUGAUUGCUCGGAUGCGUCUGAUGAAAAGACCUGCAACAACACUGAUUGCACUCAUUACUACAAACUUGGCGUCAAAAGUGCUGGAUUUAUAAGAUGCAAUUCUACUUCCCUAUGCAUUUUGCCAGAAUGGAUAUGCGAUGGUGCAAAUGACUGUGGGGACUAUACAGAUGAAUUAAAAUGCCCAGCACAAACUAAGAACCAAUGUGAAGGAAACUAUUUUGGGUGUCGUAGUGGGAGAUGUAUUUUAAACAGUUGGGUUUGUGAUGGACAAAAAGACUGUGAAGAUGGAACAGAUGAAUCACACUGUGAUACCUCAUGUUCCUGGAGUCAGUUUGCAUGCACCAAAAAUAAGUGCAUAUCAAAACAGUGGCUGUGUGAUGGCGAAGAUGAUUGUGGAGACGGCUCAGAUGAAAGUGAUGAAAUAUGCAGUUCUGUGACCUGUGCUGCUGAGAUGUUUAGCUGUCCAGGUUCCCAUGCCUGCGUUCCACCACACUGGCUUUGUGAUGGAGAAAGAGAUUGCCCAAAUGGAAGUGAUGAACUUUCAACUGCAGGCUGUGCUCAUGUUACUACCUGUGAUGAAAAUACUUUUAUGUGCAACAACAAAGUCUGCAUUCCUAAGCAGUUUGUGUGUGAUCACGAUGACGACUGUGGGGAUGGUUCCGAUGAAUCUUUGGAAUGUGGCUAUCGCCAGUGUGCUCCUGAUGAAUUUAUCUGUGCUGAUGGAAGAUGUUUAUUGAAUUUUCAGUGGCAAUGUGAUGGAGACUUUGAUUGCCCCGAUCACUCGGACGAAGCACCGCUGAACAAACAUUGCUUGAGCGCAGAACAGUCAUGCAACAAUUCCUCUUUUAUGUGUAAAAACAGAAAGUGUAUCCAAGAGAGAUUUCUCUGUGACACUAACGAUGACUGCGGCGAUGGAUCUGAUGAGAGGGAAUGCAAUUUAAAUGAAUGUUUAAGCAAAAGAGUCAGUGGAUGUUCCCAAGAUUGUCAAGAUCUCCCUGUUGGAUACAAGUGCAAAUGUUGGCCUGGCUUUCAACUGAAGAAUGAUGGCAAAACAUGUGUAGACAUUGAUGAAUGCUUAUCGGGCUUCCCCUGUAGCCAGCAAUGCGUCAAUACAUAUGGAACCUAUAAGUGUUUAUGUGCAGAAGGCUAUGAAAUACACCCAGAAAAUCUAAAUGGCUGCAAAUCUCUUUCAGUUGAGGACCCUUUCCUACUUCUGGCUGAUCAUCAUGAAAUAAGAAAAAUGAGCACUGAUGGAUCGAAUUACACAAUGUUGAAACAGGGCUUAAACAAUGCAAUUGCAAUGGAUUUUGAUUACAGAGAAGAGGUCAUAUACUGGAUUGAUUCAAGCAGAUCAAAUGGCAGUCGUGUAAAUAGGAUGUUUGUGAAUGGCAGUGACGUUAAGGUUGUGCACAACACUGCCGUACCCAAUGCAUUAGCUGUGGACUGGAUUGGAAAAAAUCUCUAUUGGUUUGACACUGAGAAGCGGAUUAUUGAAGUCUCAAAGCUCAAUGGCCUGUUUCCUACUGUUCUAGUUAACAGAAUGAUAAAGUUCCCUCGAGAUUUGUCCCUGGACCCACAGGCUAGGUAUUUGUACUGGAUUGACUGCUGUGAAUCUCCUCAUAUUGGUCGCAUUGGUAUGGAUGGUACCAAUCAAAGUGUUGUCAUAGAAACAAGGAUUUCUAGACCAACAGCGUUAACAAUAGAUUAUGUCAACAAAAGAAUCUACUGGGCCGAUGAAAAUCAUAUUGAAUUUUCAGACAUGAAUGGAUCUAAUAGGCACAAAGUCCCUAUUCAAGAUAUUCAAGGGGUAAUUGCACUAACAUUGUUUGAAGACUACAUCUACUGGACGGAUGCAAAAACCAAAUCAUUAAGCCGUGCCCAUAAAACCACCGGAGUGGACAAGACAUCACUGAUGAACUCUUGGCAUGCCAUAUCAGAUAUUGACGUGUAUCAUGCAUACAGACAACCAGACGUGCCUGAUCACCCUUGUAAAAUUAAUAACGGGGACUGCAGUCACUUAUGCCUCUUAUCGCCAUAUAAGUCUCACACCUGUGCCUGUCCCACUAAUUUCUACCUCGCAGAAGAUAAUAAAAGCUGCUUGUCUAACUGCACUGCCAGUCAGUUUCGCUGCAAUACCGAUAAAUGCAUUCCGUUUUGGUGGAAAUGUGACACAAUUGAUGAUUGCGGAGAUGGAUCUGAUGAGCCUCCUGAUUGCCCUGAAUUCAAGUGUCAGCCAGGGAGGUUUCAAUGUGGAAGUGGACUUUGUGCUUUGCCGGCUUUCAUCUGUGAUGGAGAAAAUGAUUGUGGGGACAACUCUGAUGAACUCAACUGCGACACUUAUGUUUGCCUGGCGGGUCAGUUCAAAUGCACCAGAAAGCAAAAAUGCAUUCCGAUAAAUCUUCGAUGCAAUGGACAUAAUGAUUGUGGAGAUGAGGAAGAUGAGAUUGAUUGCCCUGAAAAUAGCUGCUCCCCAGAUCAUUUCCAAUGUAAAACUACAAAGCACUGCAUAUCUAAACUGUGGGUCUGCGAUGAGGAUGCUGACUGCGCGGAUGGAUCAGAUGAAGCAAACUGCGACAAAAAGACAUGUGGACCCCAUGAGUUUCAGUGCCAAAACAAAAACUGCAUUCCUGAUCACUGGAGAUGUGAUGGUCAGAAUGACUGCGGAGACAAUUCCGAUGAGGAAACCUGCAAGCCGCAGACAUGUGCACUAAAGGAACUUCUUUGUGCUAAUGGUGACUGCAUUUCAGCAAGAUUUUGGUGUGAUGGAGAAUAUGACUGUGCAGAUGGAACAGACGAGAGGAAUUGUGAAACAGGAUGUGCCAAAGAUCAUUUCCAGUGCUCUACUGGUCAGUGCAUACCAACUCGGUGGAAGUGUGAUGGUCAUGAAGACUGUAAAUUUGGAGAUGACGAAAAGAACUGUGAGCCAGCAUCACAGACAUGUUCUUCGAGUGAAUACGUGUGCGAUAGUGGUGGAUGCAUUUCUGCAUAUUUGAGAUGCAAUGGUGAAUAUGAUUGUGCUGAUGGUUCAGAUGAGACUGAUUGUGUGAUGGAAUGCAAAGAAAAUCAGUUUCGAUGUCGGAACAAGGCCUUUUGUGUGCCAAUUAGAUGGCUUUGUGAUGGAGUUUAUGAUUGUGUGGAUGGGAGUGAUGAAGACAAUUGUGACAGAGGACCAAACAUAUGUCGAAGUGAUGAAUUCCUGUGCAAUAACACUCUUUGUAAGUUGCAUUUAUGGCUAUGUGACGGGGAAGAUGACUGUGGUGAUAACUCUGAUGAAGUACCUGAAAUGUGUGUCAAAUUUCUAUGCCCACCAACAAGGCCUUUCAAAUGUCGCAACAACCGCGUGUGCCUUCGGACGGAACAAAUUUGCAAUGACCUGGACGAGUGCGGUGAUAACACAGACGAGGCUCACUGUGGUGAAAAACAAAAAGUGAUACCUUGCAAAAAAGAUGAGUUCACUUGCAGCAACAAAAAGUGUAUAGCCCCGGAUCUGCAGUGUGAUCAUUUUGAUGACUGUGAAGAUGGCAGCGAUGAAAUAGAUUGCAAAAAUGAGGCAAGCAAAUACUUUUGUGAAGCAGAUGUAAAUCCUUGUGGUGAUGAUGCCUACUGUAAUCAAACGAAUAAAUAUGCAUUUUGUCACUGUAAACCUGGAUUCCAGAGAAACUUGAAAAACAGACAAUGCGAAGAUACAAAUGAAUGCUUAGUUCUGGGGAGCUGUUCCCACCACUGUACUAAUUUGAAAGGCUCCUACAAAUGUUCAUGUGACAGAAAUUUCCUGGAAAAGAAUCAGAGCUGUGUUGUUAAAGAUUCAGAAGACCAAGUACUUUAUGUCGCUAAUGACACCGAGGUCCUUGCUUUCAGAUACCCAUUCAGCUUUAAUGCAGAACAUCAUCAAAUUUCUCGGAUUGCACACAACUCCAGAAUAACAGGAAUGGAGAUGUAUCUGCAAGGAAAUAUGAUUAUAUGGAGUACCCAGUUUAAUCCCGGAGGCAUUUUCUACAACACAUUUCAUGGAAGAGGUGGAAAAGAAACUAAGAGCGGUUUAAUUUGCCCUGAGUUCAAAAGGCCUCGAGAUAUCGCAGUUGAUUGGAUUGCAGGAAAUAUCUACUGGACGGAUCACUCCCGUAUGCAUUGGUUCAGUUAUUAUACUACUCAUUGGACUAGUUUGAGAUAUUCUAUUAAUGUAGGACAAAUAAAUGGACCUAACUGCACACGUCUCUUAACCAACAUAGCUGGUGAACCCUAUGCUAUUGCUGUCAAUCCAAAAAAAGGAAUGAUGUAUUGGACAGUGAUUGGAGAUCGUUCGCACAUCGAAGAGGCUGCGAUGGAUGGUACUCAAAGAAGAAUACUAGUACAAAAAAACUUACAAAGACCAACAGGUCUUGUGGUUGACCAUUUCAGCCAACGUUUGUAUUGGGCUGAUUUUGAGCUGUCUGUCAUCGGAACAGUUAAACUUGAUGGCUCAGAUUUAAUCAUUGCUGUCAGUAGCCAGCAAGGUCUUCUAUAUCCUCACAGAAUUGAUAUUUUCGAGGAUUAUAUCUAUGGAGCAGGGCUUAAAAAUGGAGUAUUUAGAAUAGGCAAGUUUGGGAAUGGUGAAAUGGAAUAUCUUAACUUAAAUGUUGAGAAAACAAAAGGUGUUCUUAUUGCACAUCAUUACAAACAACCGAAUUUGCCCAAUCCAUGCGAAGACUUAAAGUGUGAUUUCAUCUGUUUGCUAAAUCCCACUGGAGCUUCAUGUGUAUGUUCAGAAGGAAAGAUUUUGUUAAAUGGCACAUGCACGGAUCAGAGCUUUACAGAUGAGUUAUGUAAACUGACUUGCGGAAAUGGGGGAAGAUGCAUUAUAAAUGAGAAAGGUGAUCUAAGAUGCCACUGCUGGCCAAAUUAUUCUGGAGAAAGAUGUGAAAUCAACCACUGUAAUAAUUACUGCCUGAAUGGAGGGACUUGUACAGCAUCUGUGCUUGGCAAACCAACAUGUAGCUGUGCAGUUGGUUACACUGGACCCAAUUGUGGACGCAAAGUAUGUGAAAAUUUCUGUCAGAAUGGUGGCACAUGUAGUGUAUCUGUUGGCAAUCAACCUUCAUGUCAUUGCCUUACAGAAUAUACAGGAGACAGAUGCCAAUACCAUGUGUGUCACCACUACUGUGUAAACUCAGAGUCUUGCACUAUUGCCAGUGAUGGAAGUGUUGAAUGUGUGUGUCCUGUUAGAUACGAAGGGUCAAAAUGUGAAGUGGACAAAUGCCUAAGAUGUCGUGGUGGUCAAUGCAUCGUCAAUAAGAACAAUUAUGAUAUUGCAUGCAACUGCACUAAUGGAAAAAUCGCCUCUAGCUGUCAGUUAUGUGAUGGCUACUGUUAUAAUGGGGGCACUUGUCAGUUGGACCCUGAGACAAACAUACCUGUCUGUAUGUGUUCAGCCAACUGGUCAGGAAAGCAGUGUGAGAGGCCAGCUCCCAAGAGCAGCAAGUCUGACAAUGCUAGCACACGGAGUAUUGCAAUUAUAGUUCCAUUAGUUUUACUUGUGACGCUAAUAACUACUUUGGUAAUUGGACUUCUGCUGUGUAAAAGAAAAAGAAGAACAAAAACCAUUAGGAGGCAACCAAUAAUCAAUGGAGGAAUGAAUGUAGAAAUUGGAAAUCCAUCUUAUAACAUGUAUGAGGUGGAUCAUGACCAUAAUGAUGGAACGCUUUUGGACCCAAAUUUCAUCAUAGAGCUGGAUAAGUCCAGGUUCAUAGGGGGUGGGCCUACAGCUUUCAAAAUUGCCCACACCGCACCGCCAAUCUAUCUAAAUUCUGAUCUGAAAGGACCACUAGCUCCUGGGCCCACAAAUUAUUCAAAUCCAGUGUAUGCAAAACUAUUUGUUGAUGGACACAACUGUCGGAACUCCUUAAUCAGUGUUGAAGAAAGAAAAGAACUGCUUCCAAAAAAAAUAGAACACGUGAUCCGGGAGACUGUGGCUUAAUCUCUAAUAUUCUGUUACCUUUUAUACUCUGUAUAAAUGUAUAAAAUAUGAUUACUUUUCUAUGUACCAACAGUAUUAUAAUUGUUUUGACAUCAGCAUUACCUCUUUUUUCAUUUUUUGUUCUGCUGAUGACUAUAGAACGACCAUUUGUAUGGUAUUUUUAUGAAGAAACAAACUGCACUACAGUACAAUUUAAAAUAUAAUGCUGCUGUUAUAAAACACCAUUUUAUUUGUUAAAAAAAACAAAAAGGCAACACUAUUCCUUUGUAGUGUAAAAUGAGAACUCCAUUUUAUAUGAACUUUUUUAGGUUCAAUAUUGUCUUUUCAUUAAAUAAUCCAAAUGAUUGUAA